CUGACAACAAACCGUGCGUACCUAUCCGUAAAAUCCCGCCCAUUCGUCGCCACCACACUACUGUAGCAACAACGGUUAGCUAAAUUAGCUUAGCGCUAUUAUUGAGGUUGGAAGAUAGUUAAUCCGUCCAUAUUCUUUAUGAGCAUUACAAAACGCGGUCUGACAACGGUAAGAGGUGUAACGUUAGGGGCAGAACUUAAAUCCAGGAUGUGCUCCGUCGUCGGAUGUGAUUCGGGGCGUCGCAGUGCGCAACGGUUCAAGUUACCGGAGGACCCAGAGAGGAGACUGGAGUGGGUUCAGUUUCUCGCUACAGUCAACAUGCAGCGGUUUAAAGAAGCGUCCUGGACAGACAUUAGAAUUUGUAGUGAACACUUUAAAGACGACUGUUUUAACAACAUGUCACCGAGCCAUUCAGGUUUUACUGGCAAGGACCAGUUCACGUUAACGUUAAAUCCCAAUGCUGUCCCAUCACUGUGUCUCAAGUCAGAGUCAGAGGAACUUGAGACACAUCUGCAGAGCCCAACAUGUGUGGAGACUGAGGAAACCACAGAAGUUGCGUAUCAGCGUGAUCAACUUAAAACAUGUGAUGGCCCAACUUCCUUUCCUGAAGAGUCAAGACUGACUUCAACGGCUUCUGAAGGAAGCCCAGUCCCAAGAGGUGUCUCAUCCUCAACUGAUUCUUCAGAUGGUUUUUUUAUAUCCGUAUAUCGCCAGAUGCAACCAACAAGUACGAAUUUGGAUUUGAUGAAAGAAAAAGUGUCACUUCUGCAGACGAAAGGGAAGUAUGUUGUUAAUGAAAAACGCCUCCUCCAGUUGUUCAGCCACAAUUGCCCGUCAUGUGGUUCUAAAGUAAAGAUGGAGAAGAUCACCCAUGGGGUGCUCAUCAUCUUGAACCAACAGUGCCUUCAGUGUGACUACAGAAACCAAUGGAAAAGCCAAGUCAAUGCCAGUGUCCCAACAGCUGAAGAUCAACACCUGACAGAAGUAGUAGAAGUAGACCUAACUCCAGAGACCCAGCAGGCAGUGUCAACAGAUGACAACCCCAGCAAUAUCGCAGGAGUCCCUGAGAUUGUUGCUGUUAUUGAUGACAAAAGUGAUGCCAUGGAUGAAACAGGGGAAUCGAGUGAUCAGGGUGACAUGGAUUCAGACGAGGAUUGGAAGCCAAAGACUUUGGUGCUGGCUAAAAUGCUCAAAAAUAACCAUGAUGACAAAACUAAAGAGAAAGAAGAUUAUGCGUAUCCUCCACUUGUCCCCAGACAAGGUCAGCUCUGCACAGAGUGUGGAAAGUUUUUUAAUAAACAGAGGCCUCAUACAUGUGAGCACAAAAUUAAACCCUAUUCUUGCAAUAUUUGUGGUAAGAGAUGUGUUAGCAAGUUCACGCUAAAUACUCACAGCAGAAUCCACAGUGAAAACUAUGAGCAUCGGUGCAAAUACUGCCACGUUACAUUCAAAACAAAGGUGGACAAGAUCAGUCACGAGCAGAUCCACCUAACUGAAGGAAAACCCUAUAAAUGUCCCGACUGUUCAGAGACAUUUGCCAAAAAUAAGGAACGCAGAAUCCACCUGGAUGAUCACAGAGGCCCCCCACAGUUGAAAUGUUACGUCUGUGGGAUUGAAUUCCUCUGGCCACUUAAUCUCCAGAGACACUUAGCGGUGCACACAGGAGAGAAGCCAUUUAAGUGUUCAGUGUGCCAACGUGGCUUCAGCCAGCCAAGCCACCUGAAAUCCCACAUGCGUCUGCACACAGGGGAGAGGCCUUUUAAAUGUCAGCAUUGUGACAAAAGCUUCAAUCACAAUGUGAGCUUGAAGAGUCAUGUCCAGCGUUACCACUCAUCGAGCUCUGAACGUGAACCGAAUACAGAAAAGAUAAACGAAAGGGCAAGUGACGCUGGUGAUGUUCAGGAUCAUGGAAGUAACGGAGCUGCAGAAUCAGGACUUGACAAUGUAGAGGAAGGAGACGACACGGAAGAGGAGGAGGGAAUAUAUAGACCCAAAAAAAAAAGGAAAAGCACAGGUAGGCCCAUAGGAAGGCCUAAGAGCUAUGAAUCACACAACUUCGUAGGAGGCCAGUGUUCAAACACCAAGACUGGAAAUCUACAAGAACGCAGUGAUGACGAAAGUCAGUUUGAGCCGAGGUACCGUGACGCAUCCUUUGAUCCAGCAGAAGAGGAAGAGGAGAGCAGCAAGAAGGCGCUAAAGAACACAGCGAGGUCGAGGGGAAGACCAAAACAUCCUGAUAGUGACUCUGAUUUUGAUCCUGAAGAAAAAAAGAAAAAGAGGUACAGCAGCCAGAGCAGUGGUAAGCGUAGGGGAAGACCAAGGAAAAAUCUUAAAGAAUAGGGUUAAAAUGAACAGAGCUAAGGAAUUCAUUUGGUCUAUGCCAGGGUUUGGCUGUAUACUCAAUUCUGAUUGGCUGCAGGUUGUCCAUUAAAACAUGAUAUAGGUCGGACACCUAAGUAGUUCUAGUCAAACUGUCUGUUCGCCAUUAUUAAUGAACGUGUGAAAUGAAUCUCUUAAAUCUUGAUAUAGAUUCAGGGACAAUGACAUGGCUGGCUUGUCUUGACGUUAAACAUACUGUCAAAUUAUAUUUACUGUUGUCCACUGUAUGUACACUUGUCAACCAUACACAAUGUUAUUGACUUUUAAUCUUGCUAGCAUAACUUAGCGUUCUGGCUCACAGCUGAGCCAAAACAAAAAGGUUAUAAUAAGAACCCUUAAAGGAUGGGAAGGUUUGUAUGUAUUGUAUUGUAUGGAUGAGUGUCACCAGGGAAACAUUUGUAUUGCAAAACGUAUGAAAAUAUGAAUUCUAAAAAAAUAAUUUGCCAAUCCAUUCAUUAAUUCCUGAUAAUAGACACAUUGUGCGCCUUAACCCCCCAAUUAAACAACUGUGAAAAGAAAGGAGCCAUAUAAAGUGGAUGUUCAUACAGAAUUUAUUAUUAAUUACAUAUUUUGACAGACAAAGCAUGUACACCUAGGCCAGGGUGUAAGUCAAAUUUCAUUGCCUUUUACCAUAAAGAGAAGCUGUUGCUUUGGUUUUAAAAUACUUUUGAAUCAUGUUACUCUGUGUGUAUACUAUGGAUCAAAGUGGAUAAAAGUAUAAUAAACAAGUGCCUGUGUUUUUUUCCCGUUGUAAAUUUCCAAUACUUAUAAAACUGUCAUAUGUAUAUGAUAAUUGAUCUGUAAACUGCUUAAAAAGUUAGUCACACAUGCUGCUGAGUGGACAGAUUUACUUCCAGUGUACAUCUAACAGGUCAUCUUUUGUAAUGAAUAUGUAAUGGUUGGGCCAUAGUUCAAUAUAAGAAUUCAUUGUCUUUCAAUGGAAUCGUAUUGAGAUAUUGUGGUAUACAACUUAUGCCAUCUAAAUUGUGAAUACAAGAACAUACUAACUCAAGUUUCUUAGUAAAUCUGAUGUGAGAUAUUUUGAGGAAAUAUCAUUUGAAGAUUGUGGUUUUGUUUUUAUAUCAAGAUGUGUGCAUGCAUGCAAACAUACUCAGUGUAAUAGCUGUAAUGUUGCACUAAAAGUCUUAAUAAAAUGAGAACAC